AUGCGUCUCAGAGACACACUGCCACCGGGAAGGUACCAGAUUUACGAGGGUAUUUUACACGACCUGGAUACUCUCCUACGCUCGACGAUUCUCAACCAUCCUGCAGGCGGGAAGAAGUCGUUGUUGUCGAUGUGCCUGAACAGAGUGCCUCAGUGCGCGCAAGAGAUUGAAGACUGGGAGAAAUCUCAGGCUGUGAACAACGGGCCGGUGUCCUGUAUCAAGCAAAUGGCUUAUUCUUUACGCGUGUACGACGAACUACAGACCCUUGGAGCCACCGACAACGGCUGGAGUCACUUGCGUACACUCCUACGGGCACAUGCUAUCCAUCUGCUCAAAGGGGUCAUUGGGGAGGGUCUGCUCGAUGUCUCGUUUAUUCGCAUCUUGAUCGAUUAUUGCAAGGCCAUGCAAUUUCUACACGAAACAGCAAGCCUUACGGAAGCUAUGAUUUGCUUCCUUUACUGCAAGCCCCUGGAAUCAAGAGAUACGCCUAGAGUCAACAGAGAAGGCCAGCUGCCAGCCUAUUUGUUAAACCUUGCAGAGGAUCCAGUUGUGGAAUCUCACUUGCUCGAAACGUUCUCCUCACUUUUGUGCAAGUUCGACAAGUCGGACCCAGAGAGCGGUAGUACAUAUUCUCCACCAAGCAUUGAGACUGGUGAGAAGUCGGCGGCGCACGAAGCCACUCGGCUCCGACUGAAGGCGGCGAUAGACGGCUUCGGACGUGGUCUGAGCCUGGGGAGAGCCCCAAGCACGGGCAACAAUGACAGCCAGCUUCUCGACACCACCGUCGACUUCACCUGCUCGAUUGCUCACUGUUGUGGGAGAGCCACCGGCCAGCCAUCCAACUCGUACUUUGCCAAAGUCUGCGAACUCAUCGAUACCCUUGAAACGCCAGGGUUCGCAAGAUUGAGAGGCAACGGUGCCUUUGUUUUGGCCCACAAGACAGACGAUCUACGCGAUCUUGUCUUUGCAGAGACGUUGAAGAAAGACCUGGCUGAGAAAGACGGCAUGGUUGUAGCCAAGGGCAACUUUACAGGGUUUCGGUGGGAAGAAGGCAUCAGCGAAUGGAUUGCAGUCAGCCCGUUGGCGAGAAGGCAAGGAGACUUCACCCGAGAAGCCCUACCUCGGCGCCGAAGCGGAGGACGUAACAGUGACGUCCGGGUCCUAGCGGAUCGAUCGGAGCUGAAUUCGACCACGGAAGGAGCCGACAAAACCGGGGCUCUGGUUUUCGCAAGUCCCAGACCGACGGGUGAGUCAAAUGGUGACCAAGUGGGCCGACGACUGGCGGGGAAGAGGAAGAGGACACAAAACGAGGAUCAUGGCAGCCGCAAGAGAAACUCGGGCGCUGAAAUCGAGGGAAUCGACGGAGUUGACGGUAUUGACGAGCUUGGCAUGGGUCCAGAGAACUGGCCACGGGUUCUGGGCAAGUCCCGAUUGGGAAGCCAUGUUGUAGGAGCUAGGAUGCGGGACGGAUGCCGGCGGGUUAUCCGGAGCAGCGAGACAUGCUCUCGCAAGGUUUUGGCGGACUUGGGCGAGCAGGCCGCCCUCAAUGACUGUGGUCUCAACGACGAGGAUGAGCUGGGAUUUUAA